GUCUGUCAUACUAAUAGGCGCGGCCAUGUUGGUCUGUGGCGAAUAAAAUCGAGAUAAUUUGCUUUUAGAGAAUAAAAAUUGACACAAUAUGCCCAAAUGCGACCUCAAGACCAGAUAUAUCCCCGCGACAUUCGCCUGGACACUGCUUUUGGGAACGACUUCUCUGUUUUUUUAUUUUCCAUGCCAGUAUUAUCUCCACCGACACCCAUGGGUACCUGCAUACCAAGGUGUCAUAACCUUUUUUGUUUUGGCCAAUUUUACACUGGCCACUUUCAUGGACCCGGGGGUGAUACCAAAAGCUCCACCUGACGAGGACCGCGAGGAUGACUUCCGUGCGCCUCUGUACCGCAGCGUGGAGAUAAACGGCAUCACAGUGCGCAUGAAGUGGUGCGUCACCUGCAAGUUCUACCGCCCGCCGCGGUGUUCUCAUUGCUCCGUCUGCAACCACUGCAUAGAGACAUUCGAUCACCAUUGUCCGUGGGUGAACAACUGCAUCGGUCGACGGAAUUAUCGAUUCUUCUUUUUCUUUCUAAUCUCGCUCUCGAUACAUAUGCUCAGCAUAUUCGGCUUCAGCCUGUACUUCGUUAUGUAUAACAAGAACCUCACGCAGGUUGAGCCUAUCGUCUCUAUGGUGAUAAUGGGUAUAAUAGUUCUGUUAGCUAUUCCCAUCUUCGGUUUGACGGGGUUCCACAUGGUGCUGGUGUCACGUGGUCGUACCACCAACGAACAGGUGACAGGCAAGUUCACCGGCGGCUACAACCCUUUCUCCAAGGGCUGCUGGUACAACUGUUGUUAUGCGCAGUUCGGACCACAAUAUCCUAGUCUGGUCCGCCCAUCGAAGUAUAUCUACAAGGGCGGCAAGAAGCGUCGCGAUCCUGGUAUCGUGGGCCAAUCAGCGUCCGCUAUCUCGACAAUAGCGACCGACACGCAUCAGGUAAAGACGUACACGGCGGACAACGGCAGUGCGCACCGGGCCGUCGGCGCGCACGCACAUUACAACAAGCUGUCGCCUGGACGCGAGGAGCACGAGCACGAGGGUGAACUGGAGGGUCCGGGAGCGUCGCAGAGUGCGGAUUGCGAGCCGACGCCGCCGCCAUUGCAGCGCCGUGGUUCAGCCGCUAAUCUGUUCCCGCCGCCCGAAAGACAACCACGCCCUCACCACUACCCACGCCUCAGUCCACUACCCAGGAACACUGGUCACGGGACGACGACGUCGGGCUAUCGGGUGGUGAUGGAGCCGAUGCGGUACGAGACGGGCGCGAAUGGUGCGCGACCCUCGCCCACUAUGCAGCAGCGCAUCAAGGCGCUCGGUGUGCCCACACCCCUCGCAGUCAGCAGCCCUGUUCGAAGGUCCAACCCGGGCACGCCGACCCAGCCGCGGCGCGCAGACUUCGCGCCCCGCGGCUCCCCGCAGCGCCGCUUCCUCUCCGAGGGCGAGCUGCUGCGCGCCGAGCCGCCCGCGCAUCGCCCCACUGCCGACGACAUCCGCGAGCUGGCCGCCUCGCCGCAGCGCGGCUACACGUGGGCCGAGCGCCCGCAGCACCCCGCGCACCCCGCGCAUCCCGCGCACGUCCCGCCGCACCCCGUGCACCCGCCGCACCCCGCGCACCCGCCGCACCCCUCGCCGCUGGCCAGGCGGCGCACCCCCGCUGCGCCCGCGCACCCUCACCCCCCACGGCCCGCGCGGCCUCUGUCGUUCGUGCGUGCGCUUGAAGUGCAGGACCAGCUGGAGCGCGCGCCGCCCGCGGAGCCGCCCGACCGCGCCUCCGUUUACGACUGCAACUACGAGAUCUCCGUCUGAGGACGGCGUUCACAACGCACAACCCCGAGUCGCCGCCGCCGUCGGUGGAUUAGAAACUAUGAACGACUCGAAUGCGAGAGUGAUGACAUCCUUAAUGUGUUAUUAGUGUUCAAUACGAGUAAUUAAAACUUUUAUAUGUAUGUAUAUUUGUGAGUAAAUACGUAUUCGUUGAUACUUUGUGGAUUCGACUGUAAAUAUAAUCACCGCAGUUUGUUGUGAAUGCGUGUUAACGAUCAGAGUGCGUGAGUAUAAGCAUUUUUAUUUAUAUAAAACUUGAAGGUUUCCUUGUAGCAUAGGAUUUGUUUAAAAUACAUCUCUACAUAUGUAAAAUUUAAUGUUUUGAAAUGCUUAUAGUCUUUGACUAAGGACAAGAUGUCUCAACUAACAAGUAUAAUGUAAGUAUAUAAUAGCACCUCAAAGAUGUUGAAUGAGUUAAAUAUAUAAGAGUGUUAAGAAUGCGUCGGACUAUGUUAUCGCGGAAUUGACUGGUGAAAAUGCCUCAAUUUUCUUUUAGCUGGAAUUUGACUGCAAGUGCAGAGGUUGCUUUGGUAUGUUUUUUCUACUUCUUGUUACAUCGCAUACGUGUAUAGGGUGAACAUUUUGAAUAUAUCU